CUACUCAUUAUGUCUAUUUUCAAUAAUUCUGAGGUCCAGAUUUUUCUUCUGAUUGGGAUUCCAGAAUUGGAGCACGCCCACAUCUGGAUCUCCAUCCCCAUCUGCCUCAUGUACAUGGUUGCCAUCCUAGGCAACUGCACAAUUCUCUUUGUCAUAAAGACUGAAUCCUCCCUCCAUGAGCCCAUGUAUUAUUUCCUGGCCAUGUUGGCUCUCUCCGACUUGGGCUUGUCCUUCUCUUCUCUUCCUACCAUGCUGAGGGUCUUCUUGUUCAAUGUGAUGGGAAUCUCACACAAUGCUUGUUUUGCUCAAGAGUUCUUUAUUCAUGGGUUCACUGUCAUGGAAUCUUCAGUUCUUCUAAUUAUGUCUUUGGAUCGGUUUCUUGCCAUUCAUAAUCCCCUAAGAUACAGCUCUGUCCUCACUAGCGAUCGGGUUUAUAAAAUGGGCCUCGCCAUGGCCUUCAGGAGCGUCCUCUUAGUGCUGCCAUUCCCCUUCAUUCUAAGGAGACUGAAAUACUGCCAGAAGCAUGUCCUUUCUCACUCAUAUUGCUUUCAUCAGGACACCAUGAAGCUGGCCUGCUCUGACAACAAGAUCAAUGUGGUUUAUGGCUUCUUUGUUGCACUCUGUACUAUGCUGGACUUAACUUUGAUUUUUGUGUCGUAUGUUCUGAUCUUGAGGACUGUAAUGAAUAUUGGCUCUCUGGAAGAAAGACUCAAAGCCCUCAACACGUGUGUGUCUCACUUUUGUGCUGUACUUAUCUUCUAUGUGCCCAUCAUCACCCUGUCUGCCAUGCAUCGCUUUGCCAAGCACAAAAGCCCCCUCGUUAUGAUCCUUAUUGCCGAUGUCUUCUUGUUAGUGCCACCCGUGAUGAACCCUAUUGUGUAUUGUGUAAAAACCCGGCAAAUCCGGGAGAAGGUCUUGGGGAAGUGGCUGAACAUAUGUGGGAGAUAA